ACUGAGCAAGAGACUGACAGAAACUGUCUCUUUAAAAGGUGCGGCGAACACCUUAGUAACUGAGGCAGCGGUUGAGUGUUAGCCAAUGGAGAGCUCUCUUCGGUGUAUCCUUGAGUUGCAUUGCAUGUAAACAGCCAGUAGUCUAGAGUGGGAGCAGUCUACGCCAAUUUAGACUUUUUUAGGCUGUCAACUUGGGCUCUUCACCUGUUGUUAUUGUUUUUAUCCUUAGUCAGCGUGAAACGUAUACUUGGAUUUACUGCUGUUGUCCAGAAAAACGUGACCCUCAAGCCCCUACGCCCUUUUUUUUCUGCACAAGCAUUUAGGUUGGGAUGUCUGCGGCGCAAUGGUAUGCGCACAAAUCUCUAGGAGACGGGCUAUUUUGGAUCCAGGAGAGAUUUUACGAGUCAGGCAACAGAGCCAAUAUCUGGAUGAUUAAAGGAUCGCAUCAGGACGUGGUCAUAGACACUGGGCUGGGGCUCCGAAGUUUACCAGACUACCUGCACACGAGUGGACUGUUGGGAGACGAAUCGGACCCGGGGCGCAAGAAUCCUUUGCUCGCAAUUGGAACACAUGUCCAUUUUGAUCACUCCGGGGGCCUGCAUCAGUUCCGACAGGUCGGCGUGCACAGCGCCGAGGCGGAUGCGCUAGCCAGCGGCGACAAUUUUGAGGCGGUGACCUGGCUGUCGGAUCGCGAGAUCGUGCGUACACCGUCCCCGGGUUGGAGCGCGAGGCAGUAUAGAGUGCAGGCUGUGCGCCCAACUCACAUUCUUCAAGAGGGAGAUGUCAUUAAUUUGGGAAAUCGGCAGCUGACAGUGAUGCAUAUGCCUGGACACUCUAGAGGGAGCAUCUGUCUCCAUGAUAAAGAUAACAAGGUGCUGUUCAGUGGGGAUGUGGCCUAUGAUGGUGCAAUGAUUGAUUGGCUCCCUUACAGCAGGAUUAGUGAUUAUGUCAGCACUUGUGAGCGACUGGUGGAACUUGUCGACCAAGGUCUGGUGGAGCGAGUGCUUCCAGGUCACUUCAACACCUUUGGGGCAGAAAGACUAUACAGAAUAGCAUCAAACUAUAUUGCAAAUGCUGGAACAUGCCAUAGGUUUUCUACAGGUGCCAUGAAGACUGUUGCCAGACUUGCUCUUCGGGCAACAAAUCUAGGGAGAAGCUGAUUUUUAUGUCCAUGUCAAAGGUAUUGCAGUUUAAUAUGGCACAGCAGUUCUACAGAUGCACUAUUGUUCUGAACAUAACAUUUCAAUUUAUCAAAAUCAUUACAACAGGCAUAGUAGUCACUGGCCAGUGUGAAUUACAGUUUUGUGUGUAAUUGGCAUUUAUGAAUGUUUACUGCUUGAAAUUUCUGGGUAUUGAAAAAACAGGGUUUCCACAGGGGAGGUAGAAAUGGGUGGCAGAAACAUUUUGAAGGCAUCAAAUGCAGUAUUCAGGAAUGCUUUCAAGCCUAAAGUAUCUUCACGUGUGCCACAGCACGUUAUGUAUCCUUUAGAUUUUUAGUGCAGUGGUUGUUUUGCAGUGUAUUCUUUUUCUCAAUGGCCUUUUUGAACACAUCAGGUUGCCAAAACAAAGAUUUAGGGGUGAAAAUUUAGCUUCGUAUGACUUGAAGUACACUGCCUAUUGCUAUGUCUCUUUGAUAAUUAGGUAAAUACAGACAUUUACUGUGUACAUUUUAAGCAGACGUUCAUAUGUUAAUUUUGGCUUGCACAUAGAAUCCAGAUAUGAGACUUGUUUAUGAAUAACUAUAAAAUACUACAUGUCAUUGGGUUUAGAUUAUUACUCACAUGUUGUUUAUUGUUAAAACCUUAAAGCACUGCAGUAAAAUGUUGCAUUUGUAAGUUGCCAGUUGUUGAGAAUGACUAUAUUUAUUAUCAAAUUUCUUUUUGCAUCUUCUUACCCAUCUACAAUUCUUUAUCCCGUGUUAUCAGAAUUGUUUAGUAUGGAAAAAGGAGAGUUACUGUGGAGGAAUUUUUUGGACAAAUUCAAACUGUGAAAUAUGACAGUAAAUGAAUUAAAAAAUAUAUAUAUUAGCAUAAAUAAACAUGAAGAUAUAUAUAUAUACUGUAUAUAUAUUUUUGCUUAUUUCUUCAUGUGUGUUAUUAUUUCUUCAUUUAUUUAAAGAGGGAGUCAAGCUAAUAUUAGAAAAUGGAAUGAACCUUGACAAAACUUAUAAUGUAAUUUCUCAAUGAAGUCUCCACCCUCCUCAAUGCACUUGUGCCACCUGCCUGGUAGUGCCUGGAUUCCAGCAGAAUAAAAGGUUUUGUCUUGUCCUCGUAAACGCUCAUGCACCCGAGUUCUUUGUUGAACACUUCGUGCCGAGGGGUACUGCAGUCACUAGUGCAAGUUACUGUGAGAGUAAUGACCAAUGUGAAGACUUUCUUUUCAAUCCAAGCGGCGGGACUGCCAUCUCAAGGAGUACUUUUACUGCAAGACAAUGCCCACCCACACACUGCUAAGAACACCAAGGCUUGUCUGGAGAAACUGAAGUUUGACAUAUUGCCACAUCCUCCUUAUUCACCAGAUUUGGCUCCUUGUGAUUUCCACCUUUUUGGAACAUCUGGGUGGUCAUCAAUUCAAGACAGAUGAUAACGUGAUCUAGGUGGUGCAUGAGUGGUUGCGAGGACAAGGCACUUCCAGGCAGGCGCAAGUGCAUUGAGAAGGGUGGGUUCAGUUUUGUUAAGGUUUGCUUUAUUUUCUAAUAAAUCACAUUUUCUAACUUUAGCUUGACUCCCCCUUGUAUUUUAGUGACCAAACUAUAACAUGAAAUAAGCCUUGAAUUGAAAAUUUUCAUUUUCCCCCAUCUAGAAGAGCUUAGUGAUGGGUUGAGUAAUUCUGAGUGAUCCACCCCAGGUAGCUGCACUGUAUACUAGGAAUCCUAAGGCAAGCAAAAGUGCAUGCUCAAAAUUGUAACUACACAUCUGCAGAGGAUAUGAGCAUAAAAAACGUUACCUGGAUUUUUGCAUGAAGCGGCUACUUUAACUCGAAUAAUCCUCUCAGAUGUUCAUAUCUGAAAUGCCUUUGGCUGUUAGGUGCCACAUUUACAAUAGAUUUAUGUUCACUCUACAGAUGUUUCACCAGUUUAAACACAGUACUUGCUAGAGCUUACCCUCUCGGCUUUGACAGGUAAAAAUGACAGAUUCAUUUUAAGGCAUGUUUUAUAUUGCAGGUAGUGUCACUGAAAAGAAAAAAAAACUUAAACACAUAAAGAAAUAAACAACAAAAACAUACUUUGUGACACAUUUAAUUGUUUAUGGACGCAAGUCAUGCUUUUAUUUAUUUGCUGUCACAUUUAACAAUACCUUUAUUUCCUUGCACAUUUAUUUACUUAAGUUUCUCUGAAAUAUUCCUCCAAUAGGCUACAUUUAGAAAAUAUAGUCUCAUUACUGGUACUGUUGUAAUUUUACAACUUUAUUUAAACAAAUGUCUCCCUUUAACAUAUUGUUUAAUAAUCUUCCGAUUUCAGCAGUGUUGCAUUUUUUUUUUUACUCUACAACAAGAUUUGGCCUUAUUUUUUCCUGCAAAUGUGUUUUUUCCUGUUUUACUUUAUAAUAAUCUUUUUCAUCUUUUUGUUUUUACUGGGAUUAUUAGAAAUUCUCCAUUUCUGCAAAAGUGUGUUCUAUUUAUAUUACUGGCAUCUGGCUAAAACUAAAUCGCAAGUACAGUACAUUGGACAAAAGCAGUGAGCAAGCACUUUUUGAAGUCUGAUUUGAAGACUGGGUGCAAAAACUUGGAAACUUUGAUCUUCAAUCUGUUUAGCAAGACAGAAUAUUGACAGAUAUUAAAUAAUUUGGGAGAAAUGGGAGACUACUGCAAGGUGAAACAGAAAAGUAAAACGGGAGCAUAAAAAUCAACAAAAAGACAACUGUCUCCAAAGUGAUUUCCUUUGUAUUUUUCCCAAAAAAGCAAGUAUAAAAAUAUGUGCUGCUUCCAUCUUACAUAAUCAGUUUAAAAAUAAAACCUUGCUUAGAUUUUUUCAUUGUAAUAGUAAAAAAGUCUAAAAGUGACAUUAGUGUAUAUAAAUUAAGCACUGCUUUUAUUAUUAAUGGUUUGCAUGAAGGUUUCACUCACAAUAAGUUUCUCUAGUUGUAUGUAAUGUUUUGUAACUUUCAUUCAGUUUAUCUGAAAUUUAAAUUUUAUCUUCAGAAGGGUUUCACUGAGCUUUAACAUUUUCUUUAAAAUGAUUAUAUAUUUUUACAAAAGAUAAUUAUGAUUAUAUUGGAAUGUAAUCACAUUUUUCACUUACAAUGUAAUACACAAAGGUAGCUGCUCUUCAUGUAAGGGUGCUUUGCUGAUGGUUUCUUCUGCACUUUAUGCAAAGUCCCUAUUUUUAUAAUUUACAGUAUAACUUUCAUUGUCAUGCAUCCUUUACUUUAGGCAUACAGUAUAAAUGAUGUGUUUUAUUAACUUAUUUAGAGAACAAUUGUUAUAAUUGCUAUUUUAUUGUUUCCUGCAAUUCUGGUAAAAAAAAAAUAUAUUGAUAUUGCUGAAAAAAAGUCCACAGCAAACACUUUCACUGAUAAAUUGAUAAAUGAUAAAUUGUGUGAGCCAAGUAAAUAUGUUGGCCUCAAAAUAUGCCUCACAGACAGCUUUAUAUGGAUGUAAAAAAAAUUUUUUUUACUUAUUUACUGUAAUUUUCCUCUAAAGUGGUUACUUACGUAGUACAAGAAAGAUCUAAGAAAUGGCACUAAAACCUAUACAGUAGAUCACUGUUGUUCAAGUUUACAGUUGGUCUUAAAAACGGAUAUUUUUCAACGAUAGGCUGACAAAUUUAGACAUCUCCAGAGUUUCAGCUGCAAGUACUCUAUGUAAUGAGUCCAUUUAACUUAUGCAUACAUUUGUUUUCAGUGCCUUUAAAAAAACUAUGGUAAUCAGAAAUAAUUAUUACAAAUUCUGGGGUAAAGAGUAAAGUACCUCAGAUUCUGUUUAUUUAGGAAACUUAAUGCCAUAAGAAUUUUCCCCAUAUCAUAAAAAGUUAUAAAUUGGACAAAGCAAGCACAUUGAGGAACUCAGUGCUGAUUCCUUUAAUUUGUGUAUUGAAUUUAAAGAAAGAAAUUAGCUAAGCUUUGUUAUUUAGCUGACUCAUAAAGUUCUGUAACUCAUUUGUCAUAUAAGUUGAUAAAUCAGUAAUAUUUAGUUGUCAAAUUUAAAACUAAGUGAUAUCCAAUGUUACAUUUCUAUAUAUAAUGUGUAAUAUGAUUCUAGAUAAACGUGUAAUUCGAAGUACAAACAUUAACACUAUUGUCCAGACAUUAUUUAUAAAAUGCAAAAAGACAUAUUAAAGGAAAUUGCUAUUGCUUUGUGUAUAUUUUUUAGUUAAUCUUAUAGUUGGUCAGAUUAUAGUAAUAGUAGUAGUGAUAUUACUGCUGUGUAGUAAUGAAUUUCUAGAUUUGUAUAGAUGCUUUGAGUCCAAUUAUUAAGAGAUUAGUUUAUAGUUUGCACACUCUUUGUACCCUUGGAUUGUGUGCAUAAUUUAUUAGUUUGUAUAGUAGUCUUUGAUUUGUCUUGAAUUCAAAUUUGCACAUGUAAAACUCAAGACAGUCUCAUACUAAAUCUUGUUAAUUGUAUUCUUGUAAAGCAAUGUAAGUUACAUAGCACUGGCCUUUUUGUCAGUUCAAUCUGUCUGCUUGGAAAAAUUAUAGACUUCAAAUCCAAAAAUUAUUACAAGCUGAAAUUCAAAGAUAAUGUAUAAAUUAGGUUUUAAAAUGUUUAUUUAGUCAUUUUAAUUUAGCAGCAACAACUGAAUAUACAAUUUAUGGCAAAAUAUGCACUAUUUAAUUAAUAUAAUAUAAAAAAGAGUUUUUUAGUUUCCAAAUGCAUACAUUUGCAAUGAUAUCAAUAACCAAAGUAAUUUUUAAAGAAAACUGAUUAUUUUUCCAGAAGUCUAGGGGUGUAGCUUGAAAUGAUUGUUCUUAAUCUCUUAUUUAUUAUUGUCUUUUUUAUUUGGAUAAUUUUCACAGUUUAAUUUUAGCAGUUUUGUUUUUAAAUAUUCUUCCUCUUAAUUUUCACCUUUUGUCCUCCAUUAUGCUAUUCAUUGUUAAAAUGAAUCACAUCAUUUCCAUCUUUGACAAUGAGUAAGAGCUGUAAUCUUAUUUAACUAACAUCCAUGCACCUGAGGUAAACUGCAAAAUUUCUGAAAGCAACACUAGGCAUUUUGGAACUGGGUCACUGAUAAAGUUUGUUUGUUUCCAGAAGAAGAGC